UGUUUAAACCACGUGGCCGCUCAGCAUACCGGAAGUAAGCAAACUCUUCCAACAUGUCUGCGCCCGAUGAAGACACGUUUGCCGAGGAAGGACCCGAGAUGGAGGAGAUGGACGAAGCAGGCAGCGAUGACGAUGAAGGAGAAGAUAUGGAUGAAGAAGGCGAGGAUGGAAACGGAGAGAAGAAGGUUUACGUCCCCGGGAUCGAGCCACUUAAGCCCGGAGAAGAGUUAGAGAUGGACCGGUCCGCUUACCGCAUGUACCAUGAGUGCCAAACAGGUGCUCCGUGUCUGAGCUUUGACGUGUUGAGAGAUGGGGACGGAGAUGGCAGGGAGCAAUUCCCUCACUCCAUGCUGUUGUGUGCAGGCACACAGGCAGACACAGCAAUGAGCAACAGACUUCUUGUCAUGCGCAUGCACAACCUUCAUGGAACAGAGAAAGAAAAGGAGGGAGAAGAAAGCAGUGAAGAAGAAAGUGAUAACGAUGAGGAGGAUGAAGAUAAGAAGCCACAGAUGGAACUGGCCAUGAUGCCUCACUAUGGAGGGAUUAAUAGAGUCAGAGUGACUCAGCGUGGAAAGCAGUCACUGGCUGCUGUCUGGUCUGAGAAGGGACAGGUGGAGAUAUUUGACCUCCAACCUCAGCUGGAGGCCGUCCACAACUCUGCUGCCAUGGCAGCUUUUGUCGCUCAGCAGAAGGAAGCUACAGCUCUAUUCAGUUUCUCAGGACACAUGACUGAAGGCUUUGCUAUAGAUUGGUCACCUACAGUGCCAGGUCGUCUUGUCAGCGGUGACUGCAAAAAGAACAUCCACGUCUGGGAACCACGAGAGGGCGGGACUUCAUGGCAGAUCGACCAACGGCCUUUCAGCUCCCACAGCAAGUCUGUGGAGGAUCUGCAGUGGUCACCCACAGAAGCUACGGUUUUUGCAUCGUGUUCAGUGGAUCAGUCUAUUCGUGUCUGGGAUAUCCGUGCACCACCAAACUCAAUGCUUUCAGCCAAUGAAGCCCACUCCUCAGAUGUCAAUGUGAUCAGCUGGAACAGAAGUGAACCCUUCCUCCUGUCAGGAGGAGACGAUGGGCUUCUGAAAGUCUGGGACCUGCGUCAGUUCAAGACUGGGCGACCUGUGGCGAACUUCAAACAGCACAGUGCUCCCGUCACAUCUGUGGAGUGGAGCCCCGUGGACUCAAGCGUGUUUGCCGCCUCCGGCGCAGAUGAUGUCGUCAGCCAGUGGGAUCUGUCUGUGGAGUCAUGUGAUGUGGGUGCCAGGGUGGAGGGGGUGAAAGACUUACCCCCUCAGCUGCUGUUCCUGCACCAGGGUCAGUCAGAGAUCAAGGAGAUCCACUGGCACCCACAGAUCCCUGGAGUGAUGAUCUCCACGGCGUUGUCAGGGUUUAAUGUGUACAGGACGAUAUCUGUGUAGCCCGUUUGUGUGUUUAAGAGAACACAGAAGACAACACACGUGUUAUGAUCUGUAAUUCCCAGUAUGUUCAAUAAUGUAUAUAACCAAACUGUGUAGUUAAUACAUUCUCUCUCUUAUUGGCCAACAGGGAGCCAAAAUGUGUGCAAAUCUUUAAGAUUCUGUAUGUUUUACAGAUACAUAAAAUAUUUUAAGCAUUCUUUAUCUCAUGCUUAAAAUAAAAGUUUAAAUCCUUGUGUUUUUAAAUGGUA